UCUGGUGGUGGAAAGAGGUGUUUCAUGGUUACCCAAUAGGUCUUAACGCUCAGUAAGCACAAACGUGAAAUGAGGAAAUAGCUAUGUUACUCCGCCCCCUUGGUUAGAAGCGGCAAGACGAGGUAAAGUUUGAGGCGACCGAAAACGUCGCAGUGUUAGCUAUCAAGGGGAAAGUGCUGUGAAGGAGCAUACCUCAGACGAAGUCGGACCAGUCCCCAGGCCGGUACAAUGAGACACUUAUUGUUGGUCGCCCUGCUUGCUGUUAUAUUCUCUGCUGUCUUUGCAAAGGGAGGCAGGCGACAACAGAGACAGGAUGUACAAAGCGAUAUAGCUGAUGAUGUAGAAGAAGGUGGUGAGGAGGAGAGCGACGAGGAUGAAAAAGUUGAUGUAUAUGCCGAAGAAAAGAGGCUGCGAAUGAGAAUUGAUCUGUGCAAAAAGAAGAAAUGUUACCGUGGUGAAGUGUGUCGCCUAGACAACCGGCAGCAGGCUGAGUGUGUGUGCCUUCACGAGUGCGAGCCGGAGGUUGAUCCUCGCUAUCACGUAUGCAGCACGAAAAACCAGACCUACGAAAGCGAGUGUGAGCUAGAUCGCGAUCACUGUCUGUGUAAGACCAAACAGCCCGGUUGCAGCAACGCCAGACUCAACAAAAUACAGCUUGAUUACUUUGGGGGCUGUCGAAAACUGACAAAGUGUCCCGACGAUGAAUUUGAGGAAUUCCCUAUAAGGAUGAAGGAAUGGUUGUUCCUCGUCAUGAAACAGCUGGCUUCUCGAGAUGAACUUGGCGAGUAUAUAGACCUCCUAGACAAGGCCAGGAACGAUGCCAACCACACAGAGGCCGUGCUAUGGAAGUUCUGUGACCUUGACUCCAGUCCACAAGACAGACAAGUGUCCCGGAGAGAACUGCAAUACAUUGUUCAGUCUUUGAAGGCGUGGGAGCACUGCCUUGUUCCCUUCCUGUCCAUGUGCGAUCAAGACAGCAAUCGCAAGAUCACACUUACAGAAUGGGGAGCCUGCCUCGGCGUUAACUCAAAGAAAAUCUCGGACAAAUGCAUUGACAUCCGGGCCCGGGCCAAAAGACACUAGAAGGCAUGAGUCCUAACUGACCAGGCCAACGCAUCACAGGGACAUCAAGUACAUCUUGUAACUGAAGAAAGCUAUACCGAUAAAGAAACUAGAUUUAAAGAAAAUAGCGUCUGUAACACCAAUUCAAUACACAUUAUCAAAAAGAAACAAAGACGAAAUGGACGGGAAGAAAAUCACAGAAAGUUAUACAUGAUAAUAGUUAAAUGUUUACAAUUAACAUUGCAUCGGCGUUUAUCUCAGGUAUAUGGAGAUAUGAUAUUUAUUUUACUUCAUACAUAACAUGUUUAAUAUUUAUAUCAAAUCAAAUUCAAUUCAGAACCUGACAUGUUUAACUGGUAUAAUAUUAAUCAAGAGGUUAAUAUCCCUAAUUUGGUAUUCAAAUAUGUGACAUAGCGUUGUUUGCUUUCUAGUUAACACUGGUUCUACUUUCAAGAGAACUGUAAUCACUGCCAAACACCUUUUAUUGAUACACAAUAAAUCAUAAGAUUGAUAAACAGUGA